UCAAAAAUCUCUUUUCCUUGUAAAACGCUAAAACCUACGCCAUGAAACCCUUCUCCUUCUUCUUCUUCUUCCUCUUCCAUUUCUACCCAGUCCCUACCCUCGGUUACGCCGUAUACGAAGCUAGAGCCGCCGUCAACCCCACGGAUUUCAUCCGUACAAGCUGCUUCGUCACUUUGUAUCCCGACGUUUGCUAUUCUUCCCUUUCUCGUUACGCCAACGCCAUUCAACAAGACCCAGCUCGUCUUGCACGUGCCGCCAUUGGUGUCACCCUCUCUAAAGCCCGUAAACUCGCAGUUUACGUCUCCAAUAUCUCCCGUGAAGCCGAUUACGGUGCCGACGCACGAGCCAGCGCCGCCUUGCAUGACUGUUUCUCCAACAUGGGUGAUGCGGUGGAUGAAAUCCGUGGAUCGCUGAAGCAAAUGAUGCAGACGGUGGGUCCGGGGUCGGAGUCAUUCAGGUUUCAAAUGGGGAAUGUGCAGACGUGGAUGAGCGCGGCUUUGACGGACGAGGAAACGUGUACGGAUGGGUUGGAGGAUGUGGCGGAGGGAGGAAUGAAGAGGGAGGUGGUGAAGAGGGCGGCCAAAGUGAAGAAGUUGACCAGCAAUGCCUUGGCGUUGGUUAAUAGUUACGUGGAGAAGGGCACAAUGUAAUCAGCUAGGCCUAACAAUAAAUAUAAAAGCCUGUAUAAUAUAUUAUUAGAUUAUUGGUGAUUAUU